AAAACUUACUUCGUAAUUACUGGUUACAACGCUAUAUAAUAGAAAAUACGAUUAUUAAAACACACCAAACUUAUUUCUCUGAAGUGUUUUAGGUAGGAACUAUGUUGCUCUCGGUUGAAUCCGAUGUCGGGCAGAUUUCACCGCUGCACACGAGUUACAUAGCCGUGGAAAUUCACGCCUGACGUGAAGAAGUCUAAAGAUGACAAUAACAGGACGAAUUUGCUCUCAACUAUCACAAGUUUCUUUAUAUCAUCAAAUUUCUACCAGAACAUGUGCCACAAGAAUGUUCUCCAUGACAUCACAGCUUCAUGCAAAGUCCAGAAAACCUCCGGAUGAAGAUGACGAAGAACUAUCAAAUCCCAUCAAGUUCUCCACAAGCAAAGCCAGCCACAGAUCAUGGAACGUGGACCGCUCACUGGGCAGCACUUUUCAGCGGCCGUGGUGGAAAGUCUUACCUAUCAGUGUUAUAGGAGUGGGCUUUCUUCUCUGGUGUGUCCUCAGAAAAGAGACAGAUAUAGAUGAGACUCUGGAGAAAAACCUGUAUGAACAUUUACCAGAACUGCUGCCUGAUGAAGAAGAAGAUGAUGUCAAAAACAAACCAUGACAGUGGCUUAAACGGGACAUUUUCUAUUUGUAAUGUUUAUUUAUUGUUCUGUGAACUGCAACAGAGUUGGAGUAACCGUCCAGACUUUCGUUUAAUAACUAAACUAAGUAAAACCAGAUUAGUUUUUAUUCUUAGCAGGUGGUAAAGACAAUAAUGAACUACUUUAAUAAAUCAUUAGCGAACCAGUGAAUUCAUCUUGAAUCUGUACAAUAAACCUGAUUGUUAAAAUUAAAGACCCAGUACAUUUA